AUGAUGACAUUCAUUGUGACCAGCUUUGUUGUCGAUGUCUCGGGCUCUUGCGAGGCCUCGGGCGUAGAGGAGCUGGAUGACUCGAUCGGCGAUGUCUCGGGCUCUUGCGAGGCCUCGGGCGUAGAGGAGCUGGAUGACUCGAUCGGCGAUGUCUCGGGCUCUUGCGAGGCCUCGGGCGUAGAGGAGCUGGAUGACUCGAUCGGCGAUGUCUCGGGCUCUUGCGAGGCCUCGGGCGUAGAGGAGCUGGAUGACUCGAUCGGCGAUGUCUCGGGCUCUUGCGAGGCCUCGGGCGUAGAGGAGCUGGAUGACUCGAUCGGCGAUGUCUCGGGCUCUUGCGAGGCCUCGGGCGUAGAGGAGCUGGAUGACUCGAUCGGCGAUGUCUCGGGCUCUUGCGAGGCCUCGGGCGUAGAGGAGCUGGAUGACUCGAUCGGCGAUGUCUCGGGCUCUUGCGAGGCCUCGGGCGUAGAGGAGCUGGAUGACUCGAUCGGCGAUGUCUCGGGCUCUUGCGAGGCCUCGGGCGUAGAGGAGCUGGAUGACUCGAUCGGCGAUGUCUCGGGCUCUUGCGAGGCCUCGGGUGUAGAGGAGCUGGAUGACUCGAUCGGCGAUGUCUCGGGCUCUUGCGAGGCCUCGGGCGUAGAGGAGCUGGAUGACUCGAUCGGCGAUGUCUCGGGCUCUUGCGAGGCCUCGGGCGUAGAGGAGCUGGAUGACUCGAUCGGCGAUGUCUCGGGCUCUUGCGAGGCCUCGGGCGUAGAGGAGCUGGAUGACUCGAUCGGCGAUGUCUGUACUUGCGUGGUUUGA